AUGUGCUAAUAAAAAUUAGUAUUGUAAUUAUUGCUUUUGGUUUGUGGGGAAAGUGAAAAAUAAUCUAUUUUAACUUUAUGCAAAGUGUUACCGAUAUAUUUAACAAAUAAUAGCAUAUGCAAAGAAUGUUUUGAUGGUUUUAUUAUAAUCGAAUAUGGUUAUGGAAUUAUCGAAUAAAUGGAGUCAUGUUCAUAUUAUGUUAAUGUUUUGAAAGUAAAAGAAUAUUGUUUUGGAAUAAAACUAAAGCAAAAUGUGUUGAAAAGGUGUGUGAAAAUCUUCCAUUUAUUUAGGAUUAUUAAUGUAAGUCAUAUUGAAUUGAUUGUAAAGUAUGCAUAAGGUUGAAUAAUUUUUAAAGAUGAAUUUAAACUAUAAAUGUUAUACAACUAAAGAGGAAUUCAUUUUGUCAAAGGAAAUAAUGAAGUAAUUCAUAGAAUAAGUUUUUUUGUUUAUCUAUAUCUGCGACAUUGCUCCAAAUUCACUCUCGAAUUAUCGAUUAUAAUAAUCUUUUAAAUUUUGUUUUAUUGAGACUGAUAAAAUUAUGUGUAUUUCAGAAAUAAAGGGACGUAAAAAUAGACCUAAUCAUGUAAAGGUUAUGCUUUUAAAAUUGGUUGCUAAUCAAUAAACUAAUUAGACUGUGUAUAGUAUGAAAAUAAAUGUGAAUAAAGAUAAUAUUAUCAUUCUCCAAUUUAUUCUAGUUAUAGAUUUUGUCCCCAAUCUGCAAAUGAUAUAGAUAAUUUAAUGGAGGAUGUUAAAUUAUACCUUUUCCAUAUGA